AACGGUACCUUUUUCAGAUUUUUCCCUUUGCGCACAGGAAAAAUACGAAGACACGAAACGAGCUUUGAGGGACCCUAUUCUCGCCGAUUGCCCGCUCUUGGAGCGCGGUCGGCACCACCUUCGCGCCGUAUAUCACCUUCCAUAUCCACGCCCGUCAUCCUCGGCACGAAAUCUGGCCUCCAGGCCCUCGCGAAAUUCAUCGGCACCUCGAACGCACUCGCCAAGUCCGCCCCGGAGCCCAACAAACAGCCCCCAUAGUCGUGCCCAUUGCUGCAGGACCCCUGACAAUACGGUUAUAUUCCAGAUACAAAUCCGGACAAGAACGGCUCAAAAUCGGGCGCUCGCCCAGAUACAAGUCCGGACGGAAACCGCUCAGAGGGGUCCACAGGCAGAUUCUGGUCCAGACAGAAUUGUUGGGCGGCGGGUGACACCACACAUGUUGACGCGCCAGCCUCAUUAUGCCGCGGUGGUCUAAUGGAAUCGCGCGGCACGAAGUGAAUAUGUGUACGAGUUCGAACGCGGCGAGCGCGUCGCGUUUUGGACUUUUGCGUGGGGAAAUGGUCUUUGACCGCAUUCUCGCUGAGCAAACCUGUUUGAGUGCG